AUGGUGCUACCCUUCCCGAAUGAGAUAUGGUUGGUCAUCUUGCACGACCUGGCCAAGGAAGGCGAGUACGACACGCCGGAACGGUGCCGAGUGGUGUGCAGAGGGUUCCGUCCGAUAGCUGAAGAGUGCUUAUUGUUGAACAUGAAGUUGAAGAGUACGGAAGAGGUGGAGCGCAUCAAAGUGGAGGCUUCAAGCGAUGACAUGCGGCGUUGGGGUGGGCCAAUGGGGGUGUCGAUCGCAGGCGGGAACUGGAAUGACGGGCGCCGGCCGAUUCCACACCUGGCGACGUUUGCGUCGAGGCUUGGCGGAAGAUGGCCGUCUUUUGCGACCUGUCGAUCACCUACCUCGUCCGUCGAUUCUGACGCUGGGCCGCCUCGUCUGUGCCCUCCCCGACUCAAGCGGCUCCAUCUCUCCGAUGUACAAUUCACUCAGCAGCCUUUUGAGGCCUUCACUAUCUCUCAAUUCCCUCUUCUGUCGCACAUGCAGCUGGAGACACUGACUUUGGACAGCAUACCCGACGUCAGUGUCCCUGCGCUGCGGGCCUCCUUCGUCGAACUAGUCGACUUCAUUGCUUCUACAUCAGAUUCGGACGUCUCUCUCAACAAGCUCGUCAGACCUUCUGGGCAAUCAUUGCAUCAUCUUAGUCUUUGUCUCGGCCAAUACAAGAUUCUCCCUCUCCUCGAUGGUGAAGCUCUGUCACCAUAUUCAGGUUCAGUGCCAUACUUUGAUGUAUCCGAGAAUACAUACCUCGAACAUCUCGAGUCCACCGUCCAUCCCGAUCACAAGAAUGGUCCAUACCUGUGGACUCCUGUAUUUGCUGUCAUAUCCCGAGUGACGUCCACGCAUAUAUCCAGGAUUUCAAUAUUCUACUCCGGUCUCUUCCACGAUGCAUCAUUAGAUGUAUGCCUGGGAAAGCUGAUCGAGAAACUCCCGCAGCUCGAUGAUAUCCUCUCCCGACCAGUCUUUGACAACCUGGCCCACGUUAAUGUAUAUGUCAGCACACCUUACGGGCCGGACGUCCGAGAUGAGAAAUGGGCGAACGACCUAAGAGUGUGCUUGGCGAAGCUUGGCGAACGCGGCAUCCUGGGCUCAAUCAGGAUUGGAUUGCACUGGGAUAAUGAGACCAAAUCUUGGAAACGUUAUGGAGCCGAGAGGGACGCUGCACAGGAUGUCAAAAAUAGCGAAGUAGCCAGGGUGGGUGACGAGGGCUGUGCCAGUGAUGCCGACGGUCAUACAAUCUCCUGCAACAACUCCGGCGCGGUCCUUGCGGCAUUGAAGGUCGUCUCGGUGUCAUCCGCAGAUGCUGAGACGUCUUCCUCAUCGCUUUCACUAAAUGCGCAAGUAGCUAUCGAACUAUCCCGUGAUCAUGGAAUAGCACAGAAGGGCGCAACGACCAUCUCCGACGCAUAUCUGAGCGCCUCUGCACCAGAAGAGCAAGCUGACGAGUAG